GCCCCCCGUGCGUCGACAGAUUCUGAGUGCACCAAGCGGCAACGUCUGUCCGUGCGGCUGAUCGCAGUCAUUGUGGUUUCUGCCGGGCUGUUGGUGACGUUAGUCCUGGAAUUCUAAGCGUUUUCUAGAAAAAACACCAUGGCUGACGGAAAGAAUCCUGAUGAUUUGGCUACCGCAAUUUUGCGCCGCAAGGACCGCCCAAACAGGCUUCUUGUUGAGGAGGCUGUCAACGAUGACAAUUCGGUUGUGGCUCUCUCUCAGGCCAAAAUGGAUGAGCUGCAGCUAUUUAGAGGAGAUACAGUUCUUCUGAAGGGAAAACGUAGAAAAGAAACCGUAUGCAUUGUCUUGGCUGAUGAGACAGUACCUGAUGAAAAAAUCCGCAUGAACCGUGUGGUGCGCAACAACCUGAGAGUUCGCCUGUCCGAUGUAGUGUCAGUCCAGCCUUGCCCUGAUGUAAAAUACGGCAAGAGAAUCCAUGUACUUCCCAUUGACGACACAGUUGAAGGCUUGACAGGCAACCUAUUUGAAGUUUAUCUUAAGCCGUAUUUCCUAGAAGCAUACAGGCCCAUUCACAAAGAUGAUGCUUUCAUUGUCCGAGGAGGUAUGAGAGCUGUCGAAUUCAAAGUGGUGGAAACUGACCCAUCGCCUUACUGUAUUGUGGCUCCUGACACUAUCAUCCACUGUGAUGGUGAUCCAAUCAAGAGAGAAGAGGAGGAGGAAGCUUUGAAUGCAGUUGGUUAUGAUGAUAUUGGAGGAUGCAGGAAACAACUUGCCCAGAUCAAGGAGAUGGUGGAGCUACCUCUUCGUCAUCCCAGUCUGUUCAAGGCUAUUGGUGUCAAGCCUCCCAGAGGAAUCUUGCUUUAUGGCCCACCCGGUACGGGUAAGACUUUGAUAGCCAGAGCUGUUGCCAACGAAACUGGAGCAUUCUUUUUCCUUAUCAACGGUCCGGAGAUCAUGAGCAAGCUGGCUGGAGAGUCUGAAAGCAAUUUAAGGAAGGCCUUUGAAGAGGCUGACAAAAACUCUCCUUCCAUCAUCUUUAUUGAUGAAUUGGAUGCUAUUGCUCCCAAGCGAGAGAAGACACACGGUGAAGUUGAGCGGCGCAUUGUCUCUCAACUGCUAACACUUAUGGAUGGUCUGAAGCAAAGCUCUCACGUUAUUGUUAUGGCUGCUACCAACAGGCCCAACUCUAUUGAUGGUGCUCUUCGUCGAUUUGGAAGAUUCGACCGGGAAAUUGACAUUGGUAUCCCUGAUGCAACUGGUCGUCUUGAAAUUCUCCGUAUCCACACUAAGAACAUGAAGCUUGCUGAUGAUGUGGACCUCGAACAAAUUGCUGCUGAGACCCAUGGACAUGUGGGUGCUGACUUGGCUUCCCUUUGCUCAGAGUCUGCUCUCCAGCAAAUCCGUGAGAAGAUGGAUCUCAUUGAUCUUGAUGAUGAUCAAAUUGAUGCUGAGGUCUUGAACUCUCUUGCUGUGACCAUGGAGAACUUCAGAUAUGCCAUGGGCAAGAGCAGCCCAAGUGCACUGCGUGAGACUGUUGUGGAAGUUCCCAAUGUCACCUGGAAGGACAUUGGUGGCUUGGAAAAUGUCAAGCGAGAGCUUCAAGAACUGGUACAAUAUCCUGUGGAACAUCCUGACAAGUUCCUCAAGUUCGGAAUGCAGCCAUCCCGUGGUGUUUUGUUCUAUGGACCUCCUGGAUGUGGUAAAACUCUUUUGGCUAAAGCUAUUGCCAAUGAAUGCCAGGCCAAUUUCAUUUCUGUCAAGGGCCCUGAACUGCUGACCAUGUGGUUUGGUGAAUCUGAAGCUAAUGUCCGAGAUGUUUUUGACAAGGCUAGAUCAGCUGCCCCUUGUGUCCUCUUCUUUGAUGAGUUGGACUCUAUUGCUAAAUCUCGAGGUGGUAACGUUGGUGAUGCUGGAGGUGCUGCAGACAGGGUUAUCAACCAGAUUCUAACAGAAAUGGAUGGCAUGGGAGCCAAGAAGAACGUCUUCAUCAUUGGUGCAACAAACAGGCCAGACAUCAUUGACCCUGCCAUUCUGCGUCCUGGACGUCUGGAUCAGUUGAUCUACAUUCCCUUGCCUGAUGAGAAGUCUCGGGAAGCCAUUAUUAAGGCAAACAUGCGCAAAUCUCCUGUUGCCCCUGACGUUGAUAUGAUUUACAUUGCCAAGGUCACGCAUGGGUUCUCUGGUGCUGACUUGACUGAAAUCUGCCAGCGAGCCUGUAAAUUGGCAAUUCGUCAAUGUAUUGAAGCUGAAAUCAGGAGAGAACGUGAAAGAGCUGCUAACCAGAAUGCUGCUAUGGAUAUGGAUGAAGAAGACCCUGUUCCAGAAAUCACAAAAGCCCACUUUGAAGAGGCCAUGCGCUUUGCUAGGCGCUCUGUAUCUGAUAAUGAUAUUCGCAAGUAUGAGAUGUUCUCACAAACCCUCCAACAAUCCCGUGGCUUUGGAACCAAUUUCAGGUUCCCCAACUCAGCACCAGGAAACACAUCUGGUGGUGGCACUGGUGGAGACCAAGGCGGUACUUUCCAAGAUGACGGAGAUGAUGACUUGUACAGUUAGAUUAUAUAAGUGUUUUUAGGUGGAAUCAUGAUGUCGGCCAGGCUGGCAGGCAAUCUGAAAUUGUAACACUCAUUGAUUGGUUGCCAGCUGGUGCUGUUGUCAUAGCAUUGAAAGUUCUCAUAUAAUUUUUCUAUUAUAAAUAGAUUUUAACAAAGAAUUCAUUAUGAAGGGGAGAGAACAAGCAUUUAAAUGUCUUUUCAAAUUGUGCAAUUUUCAUCAGAAUAUUGGCUUUUUUUACCAGGGUGUUACUUACUCGGAUCAACAAUUUCAUUUUUAAGAAGUUUUAUUUCAAUGUGGCAUGAAUGUCCAUGUGGUUGUAAUGUAACCCUGUAAGCACUUUCUCAAACAAAAAAGAAAUAAAUUCCCAAAAAAAACCUUAAA